AUGAUUGAGGUGGAGCCCGAGAAAAGACUCAGUGUGAGUAAUCCCAGCAGUGCAAACGCUGUUAAAGUAGGGUUAGGGGAAGACAUUUGAUUCAUUUUUCAUUUAAAGGCGAAUUCACCUGUUCUGCAUUUUCCAAAACAAUGUAUGAACCAAGAGACAGCCAUCUUUUUAAAAUUUGCAAUUCUCUGAAUUUUGCAGUGCACUCCUGCAGCUGAGUAAUGUAUUCGGAAAAUGCAUAUAUUAAUGUAAGAUGUGUAUAAACAUUUACAAAUAUAUUUAAAAUUUACAGAAUUGUAGUUGAAAAAAUAUUUACCAAAAAAUGCUUUUUUGAGGCACGCUUUUCAUGUAUUCUUGUACACAUUACUUCAGUUUUUCCAAACAAAUUACACAGAAUCACACAUUUGUGCAAACAAAUUACACAGAAAACAAUGGAGACAAAACAAAACAAAAAGAAGUAGACAUAUAGUGGUAUAACUAUCCAUAUAUGUAUGUGUGUGUGUGUGACAUACAAAUUGCAUUAUAUUAGGGAAAAUAAAGUACUAGAGAAAAUAUGCUUUGCAAAAAUGUAGAUAAUAGGAUAAAUUAUUAUUAUCAUUAUUAUUCAAACUUGUAUACCCACUUCGUCCAAAGAUCGUAGGGUGGUUCACAACAUGAGAAAACAAAAUACAUAAUAAAAAUAAGAACUGGAAACUAAUUGGCAGCAAGUGCAGUUGGGCUAGGAUUGGUGUUAUAUGUUUAAACUAUGUUGCCACUGUGAACAACCUGGUGGCCAAAUUAUGCACCAGCUGAAGUUUCCAAGCCCUACAGAUAAUGCUCUGCAGUAAUCUAACCUGGAGGUUACCAGAGCAUAGAUGACAGAAGUUAGGUUAUCCCUGUCCAGAUAGGGACACAGCUGGGCCACCAGCUGAAGCUGAUGGAAGGCACUCUGUGCUACUGAGGCCACCUGAGUCUCGAGCAACAGCAAAGGAUCCAGGCGUAGCCCCAGGCUGCAUUCCUGCUCCUUCAGAGGGAGUGCGACUCCCAAGAGCAGGCAACCUCCCAUCCACCCAUUAACAUCAUGAUGAGUUUUCAUGAGGGCUUUUAAAUUGCCCCCUCCCUGCAAAGUGAUGCAGAAAUGUGGGGAGCUGAACUUAAGACUGGUCAAAUCAGAAACUAAAACUGGUAGAUUUGCCCCUCCUUAGUUGAAAUCGAAGCAAUGACAUAGUUUUGGGUGGGGAGCUCUUCAGAUCUGACAUCCACUUUCCUGGGACUAAGCCUCGCCAACCUCAGUGAGGCUUUCUUUUGAGUAGACUUGUAGAGGAUUGCUUUUACUGUAUAGAUGAUUUAGGGAGAAAAAGUUUCUAAUGUUGUUGCUUCCCCCCCCCCCUUCAUGUGGCGACUUUAGCUGGAACAGAUCCAGAAGCACCCAUGGUUCUUGUGAGUAUCUCCAGAUCCUUCUCUUUGAUUCCCACCGUUCCAAUAUUUUCUGGCUUCACUGGGUGGAGAUAUGUGUGUAUGAGGUGGGGGGCCCAUGGAGAAACUGAACCCAGGAGAUGGGCAGAGUAUAAAUAGUUUCUCAGUCAAAUACAUCCCUGGCAACUGUGACCCUUCCUCUAGAUCAGGGGUUUCCAAACUUGGGUCUGCAGCUGUUUUCAGACUACAACUCCCACCAUCCCUAGCUAGUCAGGGAUGAUGGGGAUUUUAGUCCAGAAAUGGCUGGAGACCCAAGUUUGGGGAACCCUGCCCUAGAUCCAUCUCAUUGAUGUCUGAGCUUCCAGCUUAAAUGUGCCCAGACAUAGCUUUGUAUCCAUGAGCGCCAGAAAAGCGAAAGUCAUAUUCACGAUAGUGGGUUUGUUUUAUUUAUUUUUGGCUAUAAGCUGUUACAACAAUACUAAAAUGCUGAUGCAAAAUAGAAUCCUGAAACAGUAUUUCCAUAGGCACGCAAUAUAUAGGUUCUUUUCUGGACCCUAGAUCAUGACAAAAGCCGUGCUUUGUUAUACAUACAGUAUUACGGUAAUUGUUAUACAUACAAUUAAUUCUAAAAAAAAUUGCAUGGGGGGGGGAAGAAAAGCGACAACCCUAAACCCAACCUCAAAAUUUGACAUGCACACUCCGCUGUGAAAAUAUAAAGCCGGGCUGGCUAGCAUUUGCCAACCUGAGGUUGAUAGUUGCCUUUGGCCAGCCUUACUUUCCUCUUACGUGGUCUGUGCUUCUUUUCUCCCAGGGGAGGUAAGAAUGAACCAGAGCCAGAGCAGCCGAUUCCUAGGAAGGUGGCCAUUCGACGGAUUCAGUCAGUCAGCGAGCUGGACCCCGACGUGCUGGAGAGCAUGCACUCCCUUGGCUGUUUCCGCGACAAGAAUAAGUUGAAGCAGGAGCUGCAGACCGAGGGGUGAGAGAUUGGGGCAUGUGGCUGGAAUGGGGAAGGAGAGCCUGUCUAACGUUUUGCACAUUGCACUGUGGGGAUGCACUGAACUAGUGGAGGAAUACUUUGGGGGAGGUUUUUUAUAUAUAUUUUUUGUAUCUCACCUUUCCUUCCCCCUUGGAACCCAAGGUGAGAUACGUGUGUUUCCCAGGGAGUCAGCCAUCCAGGCACUGAUCAAAAGCCAGACCUGCUUUGCCUCACCAAGAUGGUGGUCUCAUGUGCUUCAGAGCUUAUGACUGGUGUGUAAAAUGGUUUGUAGGCAGCUUAGGUUCCCUGCUAGGAAUUGGGAGCUAUAGGAGGAAGGGGGCUUCCAGACAGCUGCUGUUUGGGGGAAUUUGCAGGCAAAUUCAGGUUUGCAUAAUUAUAGUUGAUUGGGACAUUCUGAGCAACAAACCCACUUCCCACAGAGAUCAGACUUUCUGCAAGUAGGAAAGUGACAGGAAAAGGCAUUAGACAAUGCGGAGUAACACUUGCUUUUCUAACGCAUAGUUUACUGGUGCUUUAGAACUUUUUAAAUCUAACAUAAACAGUAAAGGUGGAGCACCACUUGCUUUGUUGUUUUUUUUAAAAAUAAUAUUUAUUAAGAUUUGAAAGGUUACAAAAAGGAAAAAUAAAAAAUAAAAAAACAGCAUAUUAAGCAAAAACAGAACAUCACAUCACAAUACGGAAAAAAAAGAAAAAGAAGAAAGAAAAGAAAAAAAUACAAUAAAUCUUCCCAUAACUUAUCUUUCAUUUACUUAUUUCCUUGACCUCCUCACACCUCCCUUUUUUGCAUUCUAGUUCAGUUAGCUAUUUCAGCAAAUCCUUUCCAUCUUUUCCAGUUUUUGUCCUAUAUUUUAUCUUAAUAUAAUGUAACUUUACCUUCCCUCCUUUCACCAUUUAACAAUCUGUUUUUCUUAAUCCUUUAUAGCAUUUCUGCUAAAACCACAUUACUUCAUUCCAACAUUCAUCUAACAUUCCUUAAUUUUACAAUGUUUCUGUAAAUAAACUUUAAAUUUCUUCCAAACUUCUUCCACCGACUCUUCUCCCUGGUCUCAGAUUCUGCCAGUCAUUUCCGCCAGUUCCAUAUAGUCCAUCAUAAACAGUAAAGGUGGAGCACCACUUGCUUUGAUGCAAUGUUAUCUAACCUCCCUGCAAACAAAUCAGGAUGCAUGCUGAAUGAAGAGUUUUUCUGGAAGUUCCUGAAGCUGGGAUUGUUCUCAAAGAGAAGUCUCAGCACUCCUGCAUAACUACAGUUCCCAUAGUUCUUUGAGAGAAGUUGCAACAACUUUUGCACACUGGCUCAAACUGCUCAUAGGUUUGUGGCAUGGGUGUGUUCUACAAGAGGUGAAGGAGGGCUGAGGUUUGGUUCUUGGCAAAAGCAUUGAUGAAAAACAGAAGAAUCAGGAAGCAUCGGGGGGGGGGGUUGUUAAGCAUAAAUAUCUGGGUUUGUAGGGAGGAAGCUGCUGCCUGCAUCCUGACCCUGUUCCCUCAAUUUCUCCCCCUCUCCACUACAGGGAGAACCAGGAGAAAAUGAUCUACUAUCUGCUCCUUGACCGCAAAGAGAGAUAUCCCAGCUGUGAGGAUGAGGAUCUGCCUCCACGCAACGAUGUUGGUGAGAUGUCAGGGAGCCCGUUCCCGACACCCGUCAGGGUGCAGGAGUGGGAGGCUUAUUCCCAGGAAUCCCAGGGAGAUGCCAACAGACACAGUUCUGCCAAAGGAUCCAAAAGACAUUUUCGAAACACCCUGGAGCCCCCUUCUUAACAACGGCCCUUGAGAAAAUGCUGCUGGGUUGAUAGGCAACCUUCAAGGACUCCCUCCCUCUUUCCAUGUCUCAUUUGGGGAUUUUGCCUGUGUUGGGGAACCUGGAAAGAUCUGAAAGGCAAUGAGCAGGUGUUGUCACCUAUGCAACUGGGUGUGAGGAACCUUUGGCCCUCCGGAUGGUGCUGACCUACAACUCCCACCUCCCUACCCAUUGGCCCUGCUUGCUCGGGCUGAUGGGAGCUGUAGUCCAGCAACAUCUGGUUGGCCAAAGGUUCCCGACACCUGCUCUAAACUACUCUAGGGUACAGUCCUUGAAGACAUUCUCCCCCAAGUAUCCCACAGUUGCCACCACAUCUAAGCGAGAGCUGGAUUUUUUUGCAUCCCGUCAUUGAAUGCAUUGCAGACUUCUGUUGCUGCCCUGAGAACUGCAUUUCUCGUCACCAUUACCCCCCCGCCCAAUAAAUUUCUGUCCCUGGCCGAGUGAAAGCAGUGUGUGUGUUUGAGAAAGCAGAGGUUGGAUGGCCACCUGUCAUGGGUGCUUUAGUUGAGAUUUCUGCAUUGCAAAGGGUUGGACUGGAUGACCCUUGGGGUCCCUUCCAAUUCCACAGUUGUAUGAUUCUAAGAUGGAGAGAGAGGGAGGGAGGGAGAGAGAGGAGGCAUCAGAGUAUUUGGAAAUGUGGCUCUCUUCCUCUGAGUACUGAAGUACUGCCUCUCUCCCCCACUCCCCCAUUUAUUCUAGACCCUCCUCGGAAGCGAGUCGACUCGCCCAUGCUGAACCGACAUGGGAAGCGCCGACCUGAGCGGAAGUCCAUGGAAGUUCUGAGUGUCACCGAUGGCGGUUCUCCCGUUCCGGCCCGACGGGCCAUAGAGAUGGCACAACAUAGCCAGCGGUGAGUAUGUGUUUAGCAGCGACUCUUCCGCAGCCUGGCAUUAGGAGGCGCCAUUGCCUUUUUUGUGUGUGUGCUUCCUCUGCUCCUGGAACUGGGAAGUGCAAAUAUUUUAACGUUUGGUUGCCAUCCAGUGGCUGCACGAGGAAUUCAAUGUAUGUUUACUGGACUAACAAAACUUUGCUGUCUCUUGCUGGUAGUUGCAUGUAGAGCAGUUUGUGUUAACAUUUCAUUUUUAAUACUUAGUUUCUGCCAAGGAGGCAAACACAGAGUUCGUUUAACGCUUUCAUGUCCCGUUCUUCAGUUGUUAGAAUUGCCCUUGUGCAUUGUUGAUCUUUGCUGCCCCGUUGGUUGUGUUGAAAACUGCACAGAAACACAGUGCUUUGCUCCCCUUACUGCUGUUUCUGCAAAAACAUUUUUGUGUAUCUCCUCCUGCUUUUUUCCUGUGUGUCUCAUCUGACCCCCAAGACGGUACUAACCCUCAAUAUGACUUUCUCCCCAACCAACAGGUCUCGAUCUGUAAGUGGUGCCUCCACUGGCUUAUCCUCCAGUCCCCUCAGUAGCCCCAGGGUGAGUACCUGAGAUACUGGAGAAAUUACAGAGUUGGGGAAGGGAAACAAACAUUAGGGGAAGAAGAUUGGGUGGUGGGUGUUGUGGGGCAUAGGGAAGGGAGGGAGUGGGAUUUGGAGGGACUGGGAUUUGGAAACAGAUCUGCAGAUCCAGCAGCCUCAUUCACAUCUCAUCUUGCACUCAGUUCAAGUUGGUGAGGGGAGGGAAGAGGUGUUCAGUCAAUCGCUGGUUCUCCUGACAGUGGGGCUUGCAUACACGGCAGGCAGAAAAUUAGCCAAGUGCAUAUCACUCCCCCAUGCACCUCUCUCCCCCCUUAUUGCAUCCCCAUGCCAGGAGAAAGCUAGACCUGUUGAAUUGCCACCUGGUACCAAGCUUUCAAACAUGCCUGGCCUCGGUCAGUGAAAGAUAGUAGUGACCUUAAAGAAAAAAGGGGAGAAGACAUGUGUAGAUUUGAUAAGGGAUGUCAGAGAGAGAGAGAGAGAGGUCUGAGACUGUGUACACACCACACAUUUAAAGCACACCCAAACACCCUUGCAGAAUCUUGGAAACUGCAGUCCAUUAAGGGUGCUGGGAAUUGUAGCUCUGCGAGGAGUAAGUUACAGUUCCCAGGACUUUUGGGGGGGAAGCUAUGUGCUUUAAAUGUAUGGUGUAUAUGCAGGUAGGGUUCGGUGAAAGGGACAGGGCUCAAGGUUCUGUGGGAACAAGAAUUUGAGGUGGGGUGCCUUGAAAACGUGGGCAGGUCCAGCUAGAUCUGGAAAGUUGGAGGCAAGGGGAGAAACCAGUUUGAAGUGAUCAAAGGGAAGGCAAAGGGCCAAACUAGGCAUGGCAUUAAGCACAUGAUCUGCCCGUGUGUGUGCUUGGUUUCUAAAUAGCAGCUGAUAGGGGAGGGGGGGAUCAAGAUCGGGAUCAUGGUAUGGGAAAGAAGGGAUUUAACUCUUUGCUCCCCCCACAGCCCUGAUCUAAAUCUCCCCGCUCCCCUGCAUGCAGCUAUUAUUUGCCUUUGCUGCUAAUUGCAGUUUUUCUCCAGGGGUAACAAACAGCAGCCCCAGAAGAGCAGGGCAGGGAGUUCUGUGCCUGAAAUUUAGUAAACGAAGGCAUUUGUAAGAGGUUCUGCUGUGUGUGCUUCAUGCCAUGGUUGGUUUGGCUAAAAGUAGCAACAAGCUGUAGGCUAGGUAGCAUUUGGUAGUGCAGCAUGUUGGCUGUUGUGGAAGUAGGCAAAGCCCUUUAUUGUUUGGAGGCAGGUUCUUUGUUGCUACUAGCUGCACAGAAGGCAGAAAUCCAGCUGGUGCAGCUUUGAUCAGCUUUGAGACCUCCAUGCCAGCGAAGACCUCAGCCCUUGAACUGCAGCCUGCCACAAAGUUAGGAAAGGUGCACAGAAUGAAAUGGGGGAAGAAACCCUUAGAAGAGGAAGCUUAUCUUUGCAGUAGGCUGGCUGUUUAGGGGUUGACUGCCUCUAGGGUGAAGGGCAGGUUCCCUGUGAGAAAGGGGCAGGGCAGCCUUCCCCUGGUGCCUUCCAGCUGAUGCAGACAUUCCCUUGAUCUCUUGGGCCUCCUGUUUCAACUGCCAGGCUGUUUUAAAGGGAUUCAUCUGUUAAAACAAUCAUGCACAUUUAUAUUUUAAUAUUUUAAUGGGAUUGUUCUAUGCUGUAUUUUACUUGUGUGUUUUAAAAAUUAUGCUGCAUUCUAACCAUUGUGCAAAUGGGGUUAUAUAUGUUUUGUAAGCUGCUUAGGAGCCGCCUGGGUCUUAAGCAGCAUAUAAAUAAAUGAAGAUGAAGGUUGAUGAUGAUGCAGGCCAGCUCUGGCUCUCUCAUCAGUUCCAGCCAGCUUGGCCAGUGGUCAGGGAUGAUGGAAGCUGGAGUUCAACAACACCUGGAGGGCACCAGGCUGUGGAAGGCCACUUUCGGGCUUGGAGCAGCUGCUCUGUAGGAAAGGGUGGCUGUUUGCGGGAGGAGGAAGCAGAGGGCUGGUCUCCCCGGGAGGCAGACAGGCAGAGGAGGACAUAAUAUCAAAAAAGCCCCGUGGAGAAGCGAUGGAGGGGAGGUGGAGUAGUGGAUGUCAGGUUUGCUGCAGCGCAGGCUGGCUGGAGGGAGACACGUAGUCUUUGGGCGCCACAGAUACCCCCCAAGAAUGCAGGGUAGGCUUGCCGUGGAGCAGGCAGAUCCUUACGAAAGCAGGCCAUUUGUCACGCCCCCGAGUUCUGUCUGGGCCACAGAGCGAGACUCUCUUUGGGAGCAGGCUUGUGGGGCUGUCACCUGCCAUUACUCACCCCCCAUCUCACGGCUCUCCCCUCCUCACCUUUCUUCCUCCCCCCCACUUCUCCCCACACCCAGAGCCCCAUCUUCAGCUUCUCCCUCCCAUCGCCUCCCCCGGCCCCUGCGAAGACUCAGACGCUUCCGGCCAAGGGCAGCCCGGCAGGGGAGCGGGCCCUGCAGAGCCGGCGCUCCGCCCCUUUCCCCUUGCCCCCCAACUCUCCGCCCCCUCACCCGCCCUCCUCUCCCCGCUGCUUUUUCCCUUCUACUAAACCCCCACCCAAAUCUGUGCUGCAGGUCACCCCCCACCCCUCCCCUCGGGGAAGCCCCCUCCCCACUCCGCUCGGCACCCCUGUGCACACGCCCAAAGAGAGCCCCAGCGGCACCCCCGGAGGGACGCCGCCCAGCAGCCCGGGCGUGGCGGGCGUGGCCUGGAAGACCCGCCUGAACUCCAUCAAGAACAGCUUCCUGGGCUCCCCGCGCUUUCACCGCCGGAAACUACAAGGUGAGUGGGCAGUUCCGCCCCCUGCUGGGGAGGGUGUGUGCACAGGUGCAUGCGGGUGUAGCGGUUGUGUGUGCCAAAGACAAAUCAAGGUAUAAAAGCAGUGUUGACAAAGGGAUUUUGAGUGACCCAUCCUUAACGCAUGGCAACUUUGCCCCCUGUAAGGCGGUGUGUGAGAUGUUCUGUGUGAGCAUCUAAAGCACCUUCCUGUGCAUGUGCAAGAGCAGUGAAUUCUGGCAGGCAGAGGAGCAUUCAGAGGGUACAGCUGCAUCAGGACCGAUGUGUGCCUAUGACUGGGGACGAUAGAGAAUGAAAGGGCAAGAGCACAGAGAGCAAUCAAAAGGGCGCGCACGUAUGAAUGAAAUGGGAGUUUGCAUAAUGCCGUUGUGCAACAAAUUGUUUACAUGAAGCUGAACCUCUGUGGUCCAGCAAUCCAAAUCUUUAUCUCUCCACCCGAUGGGCCAACUUUGACAAGUGGGCAGGACCACAGAUGUCAUAACGAUGUCAGGGAUCUAUGAUUCCGGGGGAAGCUAGCUUGAGCAGCAGAACCAGGCAGGAUGAAGUCCCCAACCAUCAGCUGAUGUCAUCCGCCUCUUGGGAUGAUGUCACCUGAUUGAUAGGUGGGUGCAAUUUUGGGGGGGAAACAGCCUCUUGGGCUAAAUUGGAACCCAUGCCAGGCCAAGGUUGGCCUGUAGAGUGGAGAUUUUCCAUCCAUGGUAUAAAUUAUAUGUCAGACAAAUGUAAGAGGGUUGGAAAUGUGCGAAAUAGGAACCUGGGAAGCUGCCUCAUAUUGACUCAGAACACUGAUUCCCCCUAGCAUUAUUGCCUACACUGACUGGCAGUAUCUCUCCAGGAUUUUGGGCAGAGAGACUCUCCCGGCCCUCCCUGGAGAUUCCAGGGACUGAACCCAGGACCUCCUGCAUGCAAAGCAGAUGCUCUACCACUGAGCUACGGCUCUUGCCCAAGCAAGACUGUGUGGAAGUCCUAGCCACCCCUGCUUUUGUCCUCAACAUCCAGGAGCAAGUGCAGCUUUGCUUUGAAGCACUGGAGUGGGUGGGAAGGAGGUCACGCACACUCCUGUUUUACAUUUCAUGUUUCUCCUCCUCGCCCUGCAGUUCCUACACCAGAAGAAAUGUCCAGUCUUACUCCAGAAUCAUCCCCUGAGUGAGUAUCAGAAGGCAGUGGCAAUAAGGAAGGAGACGAAAAUUCCUUUCAUUUUCCUUCUCUCCAUGUUCUUUAACUUUGUUCCUUACUGGAUGCAGGGUUGUACUUAGGAGUUGGCAAGACAAGCCAAGGGCCCGGAUCCAGGGUGUGUGUGCAAAAAUGGUGCUUCUGUACUCUGGCUUAGAGUGGCUGGGAGUGUGCAUGCUCCCUGGGCCACUCCUCCACUGCUAUGGGCAGCCAGGAAAGGCACACAGGUUCCACUGGCAAAGGGACAGGGGAAUCGAUACAUCUCCUUGUCAAGAGCACAAGGGAGCUUCUCCCCACCCUCCAAAUCUCCCCACCCUCCACCUGCACCAAGUAGACUCAUCGGAGUCAGACACAGGCCAGCACAGAGAAUGCAGGUCUCUGUGGCCAGUGAAGUUAACUCUUUGUUCAAGGAAACUGCAUAGAACACAGCAACACUUCCCAGUAAUUCUUGUCCCUUUGGAGCAGUUGCUAGGACUGAAGGUCCCUGCCUUCCACCCUUUCUAAGGCUCCUCCUCUCCCGGAUGUUUCCCAAGCAGUCUCAAACUGCGUCUGUACAUGUCUGGCCUGUGUUCUGCUCUCCUCAUUAUUCUGCAUGUUUUUGCAGCAGGAGAGGGAGACUCCCUGGAUUCUUCAUCAGCCUCUUGCCCCCUCCCCUCCUCUGCUUCAGCCUCAGAGUCUGAACUGCUCUCUGUCACAGGCUCUUCCUGCUCACUAAACCCUGCUGCCCCAUCAGCAUCCGGCACCUACUCCCAAUCCUGUUCCUCUGGCCUCUCUUCAGUGUCCCACCGCCAAUCCCUGUGCUCUGAGCUUUCCUCUUCCGGAGUUUCCCUUGGGGUUCCCCAGAUGGUGCCUCCCACCUCUCCUCUUUGUCCAGCCAGUCCCUGACAAGUGCUUCUGUGGUUGUGCAGUUGCCACAGGCUCAGGCUUCAGUGGCAACAAGUGGUCACCUCUCCCACCUCUCCUUCUUUGUCGUGCUUAUUUGCAGGCUGUCACAGCCUUCCUGUUCUGCUUUUGCCCCUUUCAGACUAGCCAAGAAAUCCUGGUUUGGGAAUUUUAUCAACCUAGACAAAGAGGAGCAAAUUUUCGUGGUCAUCAAAGACAAACCCCUGAGCUCCAUCAAGGCUGAUAUCGUACACGCCUUCCUCUCGGUGAGUGCUGAAGGCUCUGGAGGGGUAGAAUGUGUGUGUUUGGGGAGACUGUGAAGAAUAGGAUAUGGAGGCAAGUAAGAUAGGCCUAAAAAGGGACACGGGUGACGCUGUGGGUUAAACCACAGAGCCUAGGACUUGACAGUCAGAAGGUCGGCGGUUCGAAUCCCCGCGACGGGGUGAGCUCCCGUUGCUCGGUCCCUGCUCCUGCCAACCUAGCAGUUCGAAAGCACGCCAGUGCAAGUAGAUAAAUAGGUAUCUGGCGGGAAGGUAUACGGUGUUUCUGUGUGCUGCUCUGGUUCGCCAGAAGCGGCUUAGUCAUGCUGGCCACAUGACCUGGAAGCUGUACGCCGGCUCCCUCGGCCAAUAAAGCGAGAUGAGUGCCGCAGCCCCAGAGUCGGUCACGACUGGACCUAAUGGUCAGGUGUCCCUUUACCUUUACCUUUAAGACAGGCCUACUGGGUGCUGACAACCGCAGUGGAAUUAGCAUGACCCUGGGAAGGGAUGAGUUCCAUCCGUGGUGUGUGGGUAAAGAUGGGGGAGAAAUUAGAGAUUCCAUUUGCCUUUAAAGGCAGACUUACAAAAUCCACACUUUCCAAAUCAAUACGUGAACCAAAUCAUGGUCAACUUUCAAAAUUCACACUUCUCCGAAUUUUGAAAUGCCAUUCUCCAAUCAUUUAAGGUGUACAAAAAUGCAUAUAUGUUAGGGUACAGUGUUAAGGCGGGAAUGCAGACAUUAUUGAAAAGCACAGGAAAAAAAUAGGGGAAGCUGCUGUGCAGAACUGUGCAUGUUAGGCUAAAAUUUGAAAGGAGCAGGUGUAUAUUAGAAGGAAUUCGGACUAAAAUGCUGGUGAAUUUUCAUAAGGACUUUUUUAAAAAAUAAAAAAAUUAAUCACAAGCCGAUGUGGAAAUGUGAAGACUAGAAAAAUGAGAAAUUGAUAGAAAUGGACCGUUUUGCCCAAUGCUGCCUGUAGGCUGACAUCUCCUGUGUUCCAUCACAUUCACAGAUCCCCAGCCUGAGUCACAGCGUUGUAUCCCAAACAAGCUUCCGGGCCGAAUAUAAGUCGUCGGGUGGCCCCUCUGUCUUCCAGAAACCCAUCAAGUUCCAAGUCGACAUCAGCUACUCCGAGGGUGGGGAGGCGCACAAGGACAGCGGGAUCUACUCGGUCACCUUCACCCUCAUCUCAGGUGAGUGCCCUAGGAUCCUCCUUUGAGUGGUCUUGGGGAUUAAUUGUGUUUACUGGACACCUUUAAUGAGAGAAAAAUCACUACUGGCAUUUAUUAAGGAUUGAAAACUUCUUGCUGGCUUUUUGUGUGAAAGAGAAAAUGAACUUGUAAUAUCUGGAUAUGAAGAUUGGGAAAAAUUGGUUUAUAGAAUAGAAAAAUUGGUUUAUAGAAUUUAUAGAAAAAUUGGUUUAUAGAAAAUUUGUAGAAUUUAUAGAAAAAAUUAUAGAAUUUAUAGAAAAUUUUUUAUAGAAAAAUUGGUUUAUAGAAUAGUUGGAUGUUUUUGAGUGAAUGCUAUAUUUAACUGCAGGAUAGAGAAUCAGUAGUAUUUUUUUUUUAAUCUUUCUUCAUUCUCCCCCCCGUCUCUCUUCUCUAUCACUUUCUUUUCCUUUUUCUUCUUCUUUUUGCUUCCGUUCCUUUUUUAGAUUAGAUUUCGAAAGCAUUUCUUUUAUUCUGGUGUAUUAUAAAAAGAUACUUUGUAUUGGGUAUGAGCUUCUGUAUAUCUUUGGACAAGUAUGAAUAAAAAUAGAUAUUUGUGGGGCAGUGGAGAGUUGAUUGGAUACCUCCCUCCUCUGUCCCUCUCUGAUACAAAAACCUAAUCACCUUUCAGUCUCUUGGAGAUGUGUACAUUUUUUAUUUACUUGGGAGUAAGUUUAAUAGUGGCCACUAGAUUCAUUGAAAGAAAAAUGAUGUUUCCAGCUGUUUUAGUAGAAGAGAUAGGCCAUACCCCUCACAGGCUUACAUACCCCGGGAUUCCCUGGGACCCCCCCAGGAAAGGACUGUUUUAAGAAAAGCAGCUUCUAUCCAUUAUCAUUGCAAACACAUGGCUGGAAAUGUAUGAGCAAAGUCUCCUGAAUGGCUAUUAUUUUGGGUCCUGCAACUUGCCUUUGCACAUGAUUUCCCUUCUUUGAGGCUGCCAGUUCUGCCUUCAAGAUUCCGUGAAAGCUGAUUCCCAGUUGCUUCUUUGCAGUUCCUGGGGGCUGACAACAGGAGCAACACAUGGUGCUGCUGAAUUCUAGGGAUGUCCCACAGAGCCUGUGGGGUUUUGUUUUGUUUCUAACGUUUGGUAGUGGGUUAUGAACAAUGCAUGGGAGAUUCUCACAUGGGGCAUAUGUAUCUUACUAUUUUACAUCAGCUUUCACCAGUUUUGUGGUUUCUCCCAAAGAGUCCUGCAGAAUUCAUAGUUUCACGAAAGGGCAAAGGGCCCUGUAUAGAGAUCACUAGCGCCUUGCAUGAAACGGCUACCUUUUAAACUAGCUUAGAGUCUGUAGAUACGCCCACGGUGGGAAAGGGGAUCCCAGUUCCCUUGGAGGGAAGAUCAGAGUUCAUUUACAGGAACUUCAAACACCAACCUCUCCAGAGGCAACAUAGCACCUAUCCCAGAGUCUAAAAAGGCACCAGCGUCUGACUUGGGAAUCCAAAUUCAUUCAUUUCACAGUUGUUACUGGCAUAUUGCAGUGCUGAAGCAAGUAGACUAUGAGUGUGCGUGUGUGUGUUUAAUUUAUUUAUAAAUAGGGGUGUGUGAUGGUGUGAGAGAGAAUGGUUUUUAAAACAGCACAUAGCACUUCAGACAAGUUUGUUCUGGAUCCCAGAAAUAAGCAGUUUGUUCUAAAACCAUAUAUUGAGUAUGGUAUCUAACAAAACAGAGACGUUAAAGCCUGAAUAUCUCUAAUAUUAAUGCAGUCUUAAACCCACCCAUACAGAGUUCAGAUGAGCUUGGUUUUAGGCUCUGCACUGCUUAUGAGUGCAUCUUCCCACCAUGCAGCCCUAGCAGUGUCCUGCUCCUGGAAUCUUGUCUUUUGGAGUAUCUCCAGGAGCCCCUGUUCCUUCCUGACCCUGAUUGCCUAUGUCAUUCUUAGGUCCUAGCCGCCGGUUUAAGCGAGUUGUGGAAACAAUCCAGGCGCAACUGCUCAGCACACACGACCAGCCUUCUGUGCAAGCCCUCGCUGGUAGGUGUUUGAAUGGGUUUGCUCGAUCUUAGAUGGAUGCAGUCUAGCAAUGAGCAGUGUGCUAGCCACUGCUCUUGCCCAUGCUGGUUUUUGUCAAGAGGCAUUUUCUGUUACCUGUGCAAAUAUUACCUGUCCUGGUGGUGCAGCUGCUGCAUGGCAUCCCAUCUUGUUCUCUUAUCUCUAGACCGUUUGCUGCAGCACAUUAACAAGGCUACUUCUUUGGAAUGGGGUAUCUUGAAAUUUAGGGCCCCUGGUUGCAUCUGCAAAACUUUUGGUGCAGUCACACUGCUUCACUUCCAGUCAGUAACUUCCUGCCGGAAGCCCAUAACGCUUUAUACCACAAACGUUCUGGUUUAUUUUUGUUCCCCUCCAGACAGCAGUGACAUGGUAGCAUUAGGGAAGGGCCAUAGCUCAGCCCUAGAGCAUCUGCCUUGCAUGCAUGAAGUCCCAAGUUCAAUUUCCAGGGAAAGAAUCCUGCCUGAAACCUUGGAGGUCUGAGCAGUGGUGUGACUUGAUUUAAAGCUGCUUCCUAUAUUCUUAAGCAGGCAUAGGUAAACUUGGCCCUCUAGAUGUUUUGGAACUACAACUCCCAUCAUUCCUAGCUCACAGGACCAGCGGUCAGGGAUGAUGGGAGUUGUAGUCUCAAAACAUCUGGAGGGCCGAAUUUGCCUAUGCCUGUUCUUAAGCUUUGUAGAACAAACUAAAGCAGAUGAAACCCACCUCUAAUGCACUAUUAUUAUGUGAAGGACCAUUUGCAGAACACACCCAUAUUUAAGCACCAUAGUUACUAUGGGACAGGAAGCAGGAGAAAAGGCGCUGUUGGAUCUUGGUUGUUCAGAGCAGUGCCAAAGGGUGUGUGUGUGUGUGUGUGACUGCUUGUGAAAUUCCCCUGAUUUUGCUUCUCUCCACUUCCAGAUGAGAAGAACGGGCAGCAGUCCCGCUUGCCAGGCACUCCAACCCGCAGCUGCCAACCGUCUCGGCGCUCCGAAUCCGACGUCUCGUCCGAACACCAUCGACGCGGCUCCAAGGACAAGAAGCUUGUCUCGUCCAACGGGACUCAAGUCCAGCAAACACCACCCCCGUCUCCACAGCAGCCAUGA